GAGAGAGAGAGAGAGAGAGAGAGAGAGAGAGAGAGAGAGAGAGAGAGAGAGAGAGAGAGAGGCGGAAAUGGUCUACAGCAUCUCUCCAGGUAUGAAGAAACGUUUGGCGAGAUACUCUUUGAUCGAGACGGGGGAGAGCAUUGUAGGUUAUGUGGUUCUCGCGUUCCUGACUCUUGAUCUGGGUGCCUUCGCCUCUUACAUGAGCGGGAAGGUCAUGGGGACGUGCGUAGCACUUUCGUUCGUGGCGGCUUUUUCGAAAGUUAUUGCAUUCAUGGAGAACUCGUAUUUCAACGGCAGGUCGUGCGCGCAGGUCGCCUCUAUUACACCCCAUAGAUUCCAGCUCGGCCGCGUAAGUAUUCUGACCGACGACUUUCAGGUCACUUUGACUUUUCAUGAUGUGCAAGUCGCAGUCCGCCUACUUGCCAUGGUUGCACAAGUUGGUCUCGGGAUAGUCCUCCGUUUGUCUGUUUCUGACAUCGAGGACAUGAUGAGCAACGACGCGGAGUGGGCAGAGCGCCGUCUCCAAGAGUACACCACCGCCGUGGAUGCCCAAGCGAAUAGGGACUCGUGCGGGCUGCAAGGGUAUUGGUUCUACAGCAUGAAAGAACUGCUUCGGAUUGUGAGAGCGGAACUAGCCGACUUGCCAAAUGCGGGCUCGGGGUGCACGGACGAAAAUGCACAAUUACAGGAAGGUCAAGAGAACUUGAAGAUGGCCCUCACGUCCCUCCUGGAACUUUCGAGGAAGAGAGAUCUGCACCUAAACUGUCUCUUUACUUGCAAAUCAGGUGAGAUGGCUAGACAUAUGCAGGAUCUGCCCCUGCUGAGCCGUUGCAGCAACGAUGUAGAUGCAGGCCGAGAUUUCGCGCGAGCGGAAGGAUACGUGGUCAUGCUGCAAGUUCUGGAAUGUGCUCCUCCCAACGCAGGAGAGGUUGAGAUGGCUGCAUCGAUCCUUGCGGGCUUCGGCUGGGGUCUCUCUGUCCUGCCUUGGCAAAACGACAGGGACGUCGAGGACAAAGACUUCGUGUUGAAAAUGCUGUGCGACGAUGAUUUUCUCUACUGCACCAGGGAGCUUCUUGAUGAACUGUUGAAGCUGCUCCCUUGCCUUCCCCCGAAGACGGGGGCAAGCGGGCCGGCCUGCAGCAGGCAAGACAACCCGUCGCUUCAAGAAGCCGCUAUUUCUGCUAUCUGUUCUUUUGCACACGCCGCGAGCGACAUCCACGCGCAGGCUGAGCACCGUGAACGCUGCGAGAAGGAUGCGAGGACUGCCAACCCUCAGUGUGACACGUCUGAUUGCACAAUUACACUCUGCAAUGCUUUCACCACACGGUGUCCGACUGGUUGGCUUCUGGAGAAAGAGAUGCCAGACUUUCGACGGGCUGACAAUACGUGGGCGAAAGCCGUAACCUCUGUCCUAGACAAUCAGCCAGCGGUCGACCUUCUGCUCAGUUGUGCGAGGAACGAGCUCAACGUGUCACGCAGGGUCGUUGGGGACGCUAUCAGGACCUUGUCCUCUCUCUGGUCCUGCAAGGCAAUACAUUGGCACCGUUUCGAUAAAAGGAUGCCGAAGGAUUUCCCUCCUCCGUUGGCUGACGUCAGCACACUGCCCAACCACGACGAGAUACGGGAGAAGCUCGCGUCGCUGGUCCUCGAGAGCGCGGCGGACCGAUCAUCCGUAUCCCCUCUUGCGAAGCUGCAUCUUGUGCAGAUCCUUAUCUCUCAGAAUAUCAGGGACGAGCAGUUGGACGUUGACAUCGCUGACGUCCUCCUGGAUUGCCUCCGGUACUGGAGGCGAGCAGUGGGUAACCAUCUGCUUGAGUACUUCGCUUGCGAGGUCAUGGAAACACUGUUUGACCUUUUUGAGACGUCAGAAAACAAAGUGACCAUCUUAGGGAGGAUAGAGAGAUCCCCAGGAGGUGUGGACUGUCUCAAACUCAUGACUUCGACUGUUUUGGCUCCCAUUCGUGCAGUCCGGCUGGAGCACAAUAACUUCGACAGCCUCUUGUCUGACUACUUGCAGAAAGAUAAAGUCAACGACUGGUGUGGCGACUGGACAGAGGACUACGUGACUGAUUGUGCUGGAACCGCAGCCGGGCUUCUCGCGUUGUUCUUAUCUGUACCCGGCGGGCCGGACUUCAUCACGCCUGCUAAUAUUGAGUUCUUGGGGGCUGCUGUAGAGCACGCCACCGGCUGCGAGGGCCAAGCGCCAAUUUCGCAACCCUUAGUCGAGACGGUGUUAGGAUCACUAAGGCGUGCGCUUGGUUGGCUGUGCAUUCCGUUAGGUCAUCCGACGUGGCAACCGCUGGGAGAUAGGCAUGCGGACAUCCACGAACCUCCCAGUCUGUGGCUGAAACAAUUGGUCAUAGAUGUGCUUACAGUCGUUCAUAGAAGAAACGUCGUCAGACUAAUGUGCGAGGUUGUGAGAAGAAAUCCGGGGAUCCCGCUUCAGAAUCUUUCUCCUGUUCUCGCCAAGCUGCGUGAAAUGCCCCCCCUCAGGCUAUCCACACCGCGAGGACUCCAAGCGUUCGACAUGAAUUGUGAACGGGAAAGGAAAGCUGAAAUUGAAAAGAUACCGUAAACAUGACUGGGGGUUAUGCCACAGGAGAAGCAAGCAGUUGCUGCUCAUGCAUUGUGCCAAAUGA